GCAGUGGAUCCUUCGGCUUGUGUUCAGACUUUCGACAAUAUGGCGGAUACAAGUGUUGGCGCUGCGUCGUCUUCUAGUAGCGAACCCACCGCCUCUCAUAAUCCUAGCGAAGAUCCCAAUAGCGCUAACGCUAACUUCGAGUGUAAUAUUUGUUUGGACACCGCCAGAGAUGCGGUGAUUAGUAUGUGUGGACAUUUAUUUUGCUGGCCCUGUCUUCAUAGAUGGCUUGAAACACGACCAAAUAGAUCUAUGUGCCCUGUGUGCAAAGCUGGAAUCAGCAAGGAAAAAGUAAUUCCCCUUUUUGGGAGAGGAAGCUCCUCCAAUCAGGACCCAAGGGAAAAAAUGCCACCCCGACCUCAAGCCCAGAGGACCGAACCAGAAAACAAUGGAACUUUUGCUGGAUUUGGUGGAUUUGGUGAUGGCUUUCAGCUCUCAUUUGGCAUUGGUGCUUUUCCUUUUGCUUUUUUCUCUACAACACUUGGUGGAAAUAAUCCACAACAUCCAGCUCCACCGGGCUCUCCCCAAGCAGAAGAUGAGCAAUUUUUGUCCAAGUUGUUCUUAUGGGUUGCUUUUCUUUUCAUGUUCUGGCUCCUUAUAGCAUGAGAGGCUAGCAAAUUUGGUGAGAAUUCUUGGAAUACAUAUGUCAGUGAUGCUGCCUACCUGAGAAUCAUUGUUAUUGAAGGGCUGUCAUCAUAGAUGUUAUCACUGGUCUUGAACUCGAUGCAGAUUCACAAGGGUGUCCGGAAUGGUCGCCCCAAAUUACCCUCGCCCCAAUCACAGUUAAGUAGAGCACUUUGACACAUGACUUUCUUGCUUCAAAAGAUGAGCAUUUCUAAUGUAGGGCGAUUGACUCUGAGUAGGGCGACCGUGCUUAACUAUGAUUGGGGUGAAGGUAUACUUUUGGGCAAUCGUUCUGCAAUUCUUGACAAGGGUAAGAGCACAGAAAAUCUAAGUUUAUAGAUAAAAACCUUAGACUUUCUCCAGCAAGUACUGUAGGUGUUCAAGAAAUCUGUCAAUUAAUAUUAAGCAAAUACAAGGCUUACUUUGACAAUUCUAUAUAUAAAAAAAAGAGCAGAACAAGCGCAUUAUUACUAAAAGCAGAUUUUCCAAAUGAUUGACAAUUUCAGUUACAUGACUCUUGCUGUGAUCCCGACCUCAAAUAUUAUUUCUGGAUGCAUAGCAGGCUAUCUACAUGACAAAAAUCUAAAACACUUGUAUAUAUCAUAAACAAAAACUCAUAUUGUAAAAUAGAAUACAAUCAAUUAAAAAUUUAUGCAACAUGGA